AUGCUGCUCGCAAGUCAAACAUCCCUCUCCCCACCUCGCGUGAACUUUCAGACUUUCCUCUUCCUCCUCCUCUUCGCUCUCAGUUUCGUUGCCCUCGCACGGCAAGUGACCUCGACCUCCACGACCAGCAGGUUCCUCGCGCAACCCGAGGAGAUGGCGGAGCAGGGAGCAGGCAAGGGGAGCAAGAAGAAGGAGCGAGAAGGGAGAAAGUUUGACUUCAGCAAGCACGCAUCACGGCACAUCGCUAUAGAGCUUUCCUACCUCGGAUGGGAUUUCAAGGGCUUCGCCUCGCAGGAGGACACUAACGAGACCAUCGAGGGGCACCUCUUCGCCGCCCUCAGCAAGACCUGUCUCAUCCCUUCCCGAGCCUCCUCCUCCUACUCCCGCUGUGCUCGCACCGACAAGGGGGUCAGCGCCCUCGGGCAGGUCGUGUCCUUGCGAGAGCUUCCCUACCUGCAGAUGAUCAACGCGCUGCUUCCUCCCACCAUCCGAGCGAUCGCCUGGUUCGCCUGUUCCAUGCGAUCAUACAAGUACUUCUUCGUGAGGGCGGACAUGAACAUCGAGGGGAUGCGAGCAGCAGCCAAACUCCUCGAGGGCUCCCAUGACUUCCGGAAUUUCUGCAAGAUUGACUCCUCCAAACCCAAUUUGACCUUCACCCGUCAUAUCAUCAGCUUCGACAUCAUCCCUGUGGUGGAGCAAGAGACGGAGUCAAGGUACUCUGUGUGGUCGAUGGAUAUCAAAGCAACUGCCUUCCUCUGGCACCAGGUCCGAGCCAUGGCUGCCAUCCUGUUUGCUGUGGGGAGGGGAGAGCUUGAGGAGAACUUCGUAUCCUACAUGCUGGACAUCUCACGAUGCCCGCAGAAGCCGCACUACAACAUUGCUUCUGAGGAGCCUCUCCUCCUCUACCACUGUCACUUCCCCCGAGACCUUGUCUGCUUCGUUCCUCCACUUGCUUCGCACGUGAGGAACGAGCAAGUGUUGGAUGCCAUCUGUUCGCAGCUCGUCUGCCGCUCGGCUCUCGCCGACGCCAUGCGCACGAGCCUCUGCUCACGACUAGUGCGCCUGGGGGCCUCGAGCGAGACACAGAGGAGGGCGACGGGGAAGGGGGAGGAGGAGGCGAACGGGGCCAUGGUGAUGUAUGAGGAAGUGGAUAGAGAAAGGCGAGCGCCGCACUUGCAAGGCAGCAAGCAGGGAGUUCACAUUUCGCACGCGGAGUCGAAGACUUCAGGAGACAACUCAAGGAAGAGAAAGCUUGAGUAGCAACUGACUUGCUUCGUGCGCAUGUCAGACGACCAAUUAGAAGAAUUUGUCAUUGAUAUUUACUUGAUAUUCUGCAACAUCACACAAGAUUACAUGUCUUGUAAUAAACCUCCACACUCGC